GUGCCCGCUUUCCCCUUCGCGGCGGCCCGGCCUGGGGCCGCCCAGCUGUCGCUCGCCGAGGCCCUGUGCCCACAGCACGCCGACGAGGCGCCGCCCGGUCUGGCGCCGCCACACACAGGGCCGACGCAGCUGUCGCUGGCGAGUUCGCUCACCUCGGGGCCAGCCCGGGAGCCCGCGGCGGCGGCGACAGCUGGGCAGCCCCACGAGUUCAGCUUCACGCUGCGCAAG